CUACAGAAGGACUGACUUGAUUCGAAGCUUGUGUAUGUUUUAAAUUCCUCUGGUGCCAGGACGUUUCUUUUCUCUAAAUGUGAUAGGCAGAUCAAGACGUUCUUCUCGACUCCAAUUUAGCCGAUCCAGUUCCUUGCAAGUUGCAAGCAUAUAUGAUGCUUUCUCACUAUAGAGUUUUCUCUUACGGGACGGCCCAACCUGCAAGACUGCUCCAGUUCGGAAAAUUCCGAAAGACGAGAGGAAUGUGUCAACUAUAUUCCCAGAAAACCAGAUGUCAAGCGUGCUGCCGCGGCUCAGCUGGUGAGGGAGGGGAUCGCCAUGUUUAGACAUGAGUGAUGAACGGAGACAACUGGAACGUACAGUUGAAUCUUCAUCAAAGGCACACGAAUCUGAGAGCAGCAAGACGAGGAAACCCCAAGGAGGAGGACAGGGACGAGGAGAAGGAGGAGAAGAAGAAGCCGAGCAAUUGGAAACAGCCAAGACAUCGUCACUGCGAGUCCGAUCGACAAGAACAUCGCCAAGUCAAACGACGAAAGCACGGACAACCAAGUCUGGUGGAAAGGAUCGGCACAGUAAAGUCAAUACAGCUAGAGGCCCGAGGGACAGGCGAGUGAGGCUGUCCGUUUCUACGGCAAUCCAGUUCUACGACAUCCAGGAUAGGCUCGGCUAUGAUCAGCCCAGCAAGGCUAUAGAGUGGCUCCUCAAGAAAGCAAAGCCGGCUAUCGACGAGCUCAACCAGCUCCCACCGGCUCCGCUCUCAAUUGGACGUGCAAGCUCGAUAACCCCAUCCAAGGACGAGAAUUCUCAAUCCACAAGUCAAGCGCAGGCUGGUUUCACUUCCACUACCGCUGCCGCCGCUGGAGAAACUUUCAAUCCGUAUCACUUCCAGCCAGAGCAAUCGUCUUCCGCUUUAGCAGCACGGCAGGAGAGUCAUGCGUGGAAGCUCGAACAAUUUCGCCAUGCUCACGACUCGAGAGAAGAUUCCAGGCUGAAGGCACGGGAACGAAAGCCGAGCUCGAGUAGCGCGCACGCAACGGAAGAAUCACAUCACCAACAUCAGCACCACGAACAACUUACUUCUUUCCUUCAUCAAAGCACCGUGUUUGACACGACGCCAUCGUACACCUACAACAACAGCACUAGCAGCAGCAGCAGCAGCAGCAACAUCAUCAACACUCCAAUGCGCUCGUCCUUCACGCAGCUUCUCCAGUCGCCACUCCCCAACCCGCUGCAAAGCUUCAUCCAGAGCUCGUCGCAUCAUCAGCUCCUUCAGAACCAGUUCCUCAACACGCUGCAGGGGCUCUAUCUCCCGGCUCCAUCUCUAGGCCCGCUUCAUCACUCGUUCCAGCAAGAGAUCGCCGAGGCUGCCGCAACAUCACAGCUGGGAGGAGGAACAGGUUCACUCCAUUCUUUUCACCAUCAUAACUCUCCUCUUGUCCAGGUUCCAAGCGGCAGUCACGGCUCUCUCGUAAACCAGCAGUGGCCAUCGCCGGGAGUGAUGAAUCCACUCCAAGUUUCAUAUGGUCGGGGCAGCUUGCUCUCCAGUCUCACUACUUCGGCAGCUUUCACCUCCGACAUCGUCUCCUCCCGGCAACGCAAACAAGUCGACAUGGACUAUAGCCUCUCCUCGAGGCCGGCCAUGGCUUCGUCUCCUCGAGUUUAUAGUUUGGUACCAGCGCGGAUUCAAGGCCUGGACGAUGACGACGACAUGGAUCAACAACAACGACGGCAGUCACAAACCGAGAACUGAAUCAAGAAAAAUGGGGGAAAACGAGAGAUAAGUGAUUCCUUUUUUUUUCGAUUCGCUUGGUUCUGUUUUUUCUGGGGAAAUGUGCUUCCCCUGUUUACAGGAAGAUUAUAAAAACUCGAGAAAAAAGAACGAAAAAAAGAAUAGAGAAAGAGUUCCACUAGUUUGUCCUUCCAGGACAAAAGCGAAGAGAAGAAAAAAGCUCACCGUGUCAUUGAUUGGGGGAGAGAGACAAAGAUGUACAAAGUGAGACAAGGUGUACGGAGGCAAUAAAAAAGAAAGAAAGAGGGGUUCUAUGUA